GAGAAAAUAAUAGUUGAAUUUAUAAAAAUGACCCCAUUCAAAAGUUUACAUCCCCUUGAUUCUUAAUACUGUGUUGUUACCUGAAUGAUCCACAGCUGUGUUUUUUUGUUUAGUGAGAGUAGUUCCUGAGUCCCUUGUUUGUCCUGAACAGUUAAACUGCCCGCUGUUCUUCAGAAAAAUCCUUCAGGUCCCACAAAUUCUUUGGUUUUCCAGCAUUUUUUGUGUAUUUGAACCCUUUCCAACAAUGACUGUACGAUUUUGAGAUCCAUCUUUUCACACUGAGGACAACUGAGGGACUCAUGCAACUAUUACAGAAGGUUCAAACGCUCACAGAUGCCCCAGAAGGAAAAAACAUGCAUUAAGAGCCGGGGGUGAAAACUUUUGAACAGAAUGAAGAUCAGGGUAACUUAUUUUGUCUUCUGGGAAACAUGUAACUAUCUUCUGUAGCCUCUGAAGGGCAGUAUUAAAUGAAAAAAAUACGAUAUUUAGGCAAAAUAAGAAACAUGUGCACAUCUCCAUUCUGUUCAAAAGUUUUCACUAUAUAGAAAAUUGGAGUGCUGCCUCUUUAAGGCAGCCAUCGCGUUUGGUAUCGAGCCAGCGACAUUUUUUCAUGGUAACACUCGGCCUGCAUAAAUUAUGUUCAUGACGUAGUGCAAAAUACUAAAUUUCUGUUAAUAUUUUGAGACUUGUCUGCAGAUAACGCUUACAUUUACUUUAUUUCAGUGGACUUCGUUCAACUGAGCGACAGUUUACAAGGAUACCUGUCAUUAAAUAUUUAGUAAACGAGCUACAUUGCGCCGCCGAGCCUCUUUAUCAAUGCAAAUGCCUCUUUUGUGUGCAGCCAUAGCGUCCGUCUGGAAGCUGUGAGAUGAAUUUUUAAUUAUGUAUGUUUAAUACAAACUGUGGGAAAGCGCGCUGAACGAGGUGAAAGGCAGAAAUUAACCGUAAUUCCUCUGGUGGGCUUGUAAGCAGAACACCCCUUAGUCAUCAUGCCUAACCUGUGAUCUCAUGGAUGAAACUGAAUGAUGGAUUCAGAAGAUCUUCCUUCAAAUGAUGCACCACUUACUGUCAACGAGCAGGUACAAAUGCUAUUCCUGUGAUACCAGUGAUCGUGACCCCUUCUCCUCUCUGGACCUGCCUGAUCCAUCCUGAUGCCCUACUUCUGGUUGGAGUUCUUAUUACCUGAAAAAUCACUCGCUGGUGCUGAGGAUGGCCCCACAUCGAAAGCCUAAAGAUCUGAGAUUACUUUAGAUGGUGAUUGUCAUGUCCAGUCAUGAGACCAUUCGAGUUCUAGAGGUUGAAGUGGACGCAGCUGUGCCCUCCCCAGGAGCUCAUGUGAAAACUGAGGCAGGCGCAGAAGAGGGGAGAGGAAAAGCUUUAGAGCCAGCAGAGGGGGCCACUCAGGAUAGACAAACAGCAUCCAGUACCAUCUCCACAGUUUCUAAUGAGGCUGCAGCCCCUUCGGUUCAGAAUGUUGCAAUUCCUAUAAGUCUCUCUUUGCCUCACCCUCAGACCAGCAUGCCUAUCACUAUCCAGGCCUGUCCACAGGUUCUGACCCAGGAUGGCCUUGCUACUCUGAUGACUGGCAUGAUUGCCCAGCAAAACACUCUGAGCCAGCCUCUGCUGAUUCCACUAAGUAUGGCAGGCUCUGUGGGUGGACAAAAUGGCCUGGCACUACUGACCCUUCCAGCAACCACCCUAGCCACUCUACCAGGUUUAGGUGCUGGUGGCCCGACAGGAGGGCUCAUUAAACUACCUUUUGCUGGCCUGCAGGCUGCUACUGUUCUGAGCUCAGUCCAGCCUCAGCUUCAGGCACCUGCACAGACACUCCUGCAGCCCCAGGCAACUGCACUACAGUCAGUGCAGCAGUCUCAGGCUGCUCCAGCCAGCACUGCUACUGUAGCUUCAGUUAUGCACAAGGUCACUGAGCCUAGUGCAUCAGUUGCAACACUUCAGACCACAGGCCUCACCAUCAACCCUGCUAUUAUCAGUGCUGCAUCUUUGGGUGCUCAGCCACAGUUCAUCAGUUCUCUGACUGCAACUCCCAUCAUCACUAACACCAAUGUGGCAGGAUUAACCAGCCAGAUCAUCACAAAUGCACAGGGUCAGAUGAUAGGCACGUUGCCUGUGCUGGUGAACCCUGCAUCUCUGACAGGAGUGUCGUCAACACAUUCACCACCAUCUCAGGGUCUUCAGGUGCCGACUGUGGCUCCUCAGCUGCUGCUGAACUCCCAGGGCCAAAUCAUUGCCACCAUUGGGAGCAACCCUGGUGCUGCUGCUUUCACUACAUCCACCAGCUCCACAGCCGUGACUAAAACUACUCUGUCACACACCAAGAUCAACACACAGGCUCCCAUUGUAACAGUAAACCAGUCUCCAGUCAUGAUUGCCCCACAGCCCUCCACAGGGAAAUCAACCUCCUCAUCGAUUCCUGUUGCCUGUGCAGAAAUGCCCACAGUCAGCCAACUUGUCAACAAGCCACAGUCUGGGGUGACUGAAGAAGAAGGCAUUAAUCUGGAGGAGAUCCGUGAAUUUGCCAAAAACUUUAAGAUUCGACGGCUUUCAUUGGGGCUGACGCAAACACAAGUGGGUCAAGCUCUUACAGCUACUGAGGGACCAGCUUACAGCCAGUCUGCAAUCUGCAGGUUUGAGAAGCUUGAUAUAACCCCUAAGAGUGCCCAAAAGCUAAAACCGGUUCUAGAGCGUUGGCUUGCUGAAGCGGAGCUCUGGAACCAGAAGGGCCAGCAAAAUCUAAUGGAAUUUGUGGGAGGUGAGCCGUCCAAGAAACGCAAACGCCGCACCAGUUUCACACCACAAGCCAUCGAGGUCCUGAACAGCUAUUUUGAGAAAAAUGCACUUCCAACUGGGCAGGAGAUCACAGAAAUCGCCAAGGAACUGAAUUAUGACAGGGAGGUUGUUCGAGUUUGGUUUUGUAACCGCAGACAGACACUGAAGAAUACCAGCAAGAUCAAUGUGUUCCAAGUGCAGUAGAGUGUACAAUACAAGCCUGGAAAGACAAUGAGAUAUAUGCAUGGAUAUGAAUUGUUCUUUUGUACCGUGACAUGUUAAAGUUUGUUAAAGUUUGUGACUUGAAUGUUUUGUGAGGAGCCUCUUGGUGGGUUUUCACAUUAAAAGCAUUGGUAUUGCACAAAUGGUCAGUGUGGCAAAAAUCAUGAUCGGUUGUGUCAUAAUGUUUUUGUUAAAUCUGCAUGUGAACUUACUGUUGAAACAACAACACAGUAAAUUAAGAACUAAUAAAUUAUACAGAUUGUCAGUUAACAUUAAAUAGUAGUAGUGGCAAAAUCUCCUAAAAAAUACUCUAUUUGCUUUUUCAGUGUGUGAGCCUAUUUGAUGUUACUUCUUACACAUUUGAUUUCUUGUGCCAUAGAAUUUGCAGCUAAGAUUCUAGUGGAUUAUGUAUGCCCAGGAGUCUAUCUGACAUCUAGAAAAAUUUGACUUCCAGAAACAUUUAAGUUUGUUGGGGCUGUAACAUUAAAUGCUUUGUUUUA